GCUCAAGUUCACUGAUCACCUGAGAGAGUUUGAUCCUAAUAAGUGAGUGAAAAUAUGUUUGUCAAGUGACAGCGUUCUCCUUUCAGUGGUGGAACAACUGCAGCAGCAACGUGUGAUCAAUCUUUCUAUAACACUGACCAGGUGUUGAAGGCAGGAAACCCAACGGCUAGGCGGAGUUACCUGUAGUCAUGUGAUCUCUAGUAGGAAACAGAAGGCAGAAUGAGGAAAUGAACAGUUCAGACUCUGUUUUACAGCCGACAGAGGAGGACAACAAGAGUGAUGAAGAGGAGGGGAGUUUGUGUGGAGGAGCAGCCGUCCUGCUGUGCUCGGUGUCAGGACGUCCUGAAGGAUCCAGUCUCUACCAGCUGUGGACACUGGUUCUGCAGACAGUGCAUCAGCUCAUACUGGGACCAGUCUGCUCCAUCAGGACACUCCUCCUGUCCCCAGUGUGGAAAAAGACCCAGAACCAGAGCUGGACUGCAGACAGCCAGUCAGAGCAGCUGUGGACAAAAUGUUGAUCUGCAGGAGGUUCUGCAGGAACACAAGAUGAGUCUGAGGAGGAGAUGUGAACAUGUGACUGAAGGAAGUGAUGAACCAGGAGGUGGAACCCUCCCGAACAAGAUCUACAGUGAGUUCUACAUCACAGAGGGACACAGUGGAGAGGCUGAUGUCCAACAUGAGGUAGUGCAGCUGGAGACAGCUUCCAAGAAGAGCCUCCAUGACACUCCCAUCAGGUGCCAGGACAUCUUUAAAGCCUUACCUGAGCAGCAGAGAACCAUCAGAGUGGUCCUGACCAACGGCGUGGCUGGCGUGGGAAAAACCUUCUCAGUGCUGAAGUUCACUCUGGACUGGGCAGAGGACGGAGAAAACCAAGAUGUCAGUGUGGUGGUGGUGCUUCCGUUCAGGGAGCUGAACUUGAUCAGAGAUGAGCAGCACAGUCUUCUCACGCUGCUCCAUGUUUUCCAUCCAACAUUACAGAAGGUGACGGCAGAGCAGCUGGCUGUCUGUAAACUUUUGUUCAUCUUUGACGGUCUGGAUGAAAGCAGACUUUCACUGGAUUUCUCCAACAGGAAGGUUGUGUCUGACGUCAGCCAGAAGUCAUCGCUGGACGUUCUGCUGGUCAACCUCAUGGAGGGGAAUCUGGUUCCCUCUGCUCUGGUCUGGAUCACUUCACGCCCUGCAGCAGCCAAUCAGAUCCCUUCUAAAUGUGUGGACAGAUUUACAGAAGUACGAGGCUUCACUGAUGACCAGAAGGAGGAGUACUUCAGGAGGAGAUUCAGUGAUGAAGAGCGCUCCAGCACAAUCAUCUCCCACAUGAAGACAUCCAGGAACCUCCACAUCAUGUGUCGACUCCCAGUGUUCUGCUGGAUCACUGCCACAGUUCUGGAGCACAUGUUGACCACAGAGCAGAGAGGAGAGCUGCCCAAGAGCAUGACUGAGAUGUUCUCACACUUCCUGCUGGUUCAGACACAGAGGAAGAAGAGCAAGUACCAUGAGGGACCUGAGACGAGUCCACAGGAGCUGAUGGAGGCUGACAGAGAAGUUCUUCUGAAGCUGGGGAGGCUGGCCGUUGAACAUCUGGAGAAAGGAAACAUCAUGUUCUACCAAGAAGACCUGGAACAGUGUGGUCUGGAUGUGACAGAGGCCUCGGUGUUCUCAGGAGUUUGUACACAGAUCUUCAGAAGAGAGUGUGAGAUGUUCCAGAAACCAGUCUACUGCUUUGUUCAUCUGAGCGUUCAGGAGUUUCUGGCUGCAGUUUACAUGUUCCACUGUUACACCAACAGGAACACUGAGGUGCUGGAGACGUUCCUGGGAGAAGAACACAAUGACCUUUAUGAUGAUGAUGACGAUUUUAAUGAUGAUGAUGAUGAUGAUGAUGAUGUUGAUGAAAACAAAGACAUCUCAUCCCUGGAUGUUUUCCUGGACAGAGUCAUGAAGAAGUCCCUCAGAAGUAGAAAUGGUCACCUGGACCUGUUUGUUCGUUUCCUUCAUGGCCUCUGUCUGGAGUCCAACCAGAGACUGUUAGGAGGCCUGCUGAAUCAGACAGAGAACCAUCCAGAAAUGAUCCAGAGAGUCGUCAGCAACCUGAAAAAAAAAAAGAAGACGACUUAUAAAAUAUCUCCAGACAGAAGCAUCAACAUGUUCCACUGUCUGAUGGAGAUGAAGGAUCUGUCAGUACAUCAGGAGAUCCAAGAGUUCCUGCAGUCAGAGAACAGAUCAGAGAAGAAACUCUCUGAGAUCCACUGCUCAGCUUUGGCCUACAUGCUGCAGAUGUCAGAGGAGGUUUUGGAUGAGUUGGACCUGGACAAGUACAACACAUCUAAGGAGGGAAAACGGAGACUGAUUCCAGCUGUGAGGAACUGCAGAAAGGCUCGACUUCAUGACUGUGGACUCUCAGAGAAUCACUGUGAAGUCGUGGCCUCAGCUCUGAAGUCCAACCCCUCCCAUCUGACAGAACUGGACCUGAGUGGAAACAGGAACCUGGAGGUUUCAGAAGUGAAGCAUCUUUCUGAUGGACUGCAGAGUCCAAACUGUAAACUGGAGACUCUCAGAUUGUGGAACUGCAGUUUGUCAGAGAUCAGCUUUCAUUCUCUGGUCUCAGCUCUGACGUCCAACCCCUCCCAUCUGGAACAUCUGGACCUGAGCCACAACCACCUGAAGGAUUCAGGUCAACAUCUGAGUGGUUUUCUGGAGAGUCCAGACUGCAUCCUGAAGACUCUGAUAUUGGAGGACUGCAGGUUGUCAGAGAUCAGCUGUGAUUCUCUGGUCUCAGCUCUGAAGUCCAACCCCUCCCAUCUGGAACAUCUGGACCUGAGAUGUAACAACCUGAAGGAUUCAGGAGUGAAACAUCUGUGUGGUUUUCUGGAGAGUCCAGACUGCAUCCUGAAGACUCUGAGAUUGAUUCGCUGCAGUUUGUCAGAGACCAGCUGUGAUUCUCUGGUCUCAGCUCUGACGUCCAACCCCUCCCAUCUGGAACAUCUGGACCUGAGUGGAAACGACCUGAAGGAUUCAGGAGUGAAAUAUCUGUGUGGUUUUCUGGAGAGUCCAGACUGCAUCCUGAAGUAUCUGAAACUGUAUUACUGCAGUAUGUCAGACAUCAGCUGUAAAUAUCUGGCCUCAGCUCUGAAGUCCAACCCCUCCCAUCUGGAACAUCUGGACCUGAGUAAGAACAAGCUGAAGAAUUCAGGAGUGAAACAUCUGUGUGGUUUUCUGGAGAGUCCAGACUGCAUCCUGAAGGAUCUGAAGUUGAGGGGCUGCAGUUUGUCAGAGACCAGCUGUGAUUCUCUGGUCUCAGCUCUGACGUCCAACCCCUCCCAUCUGGAACAUCUGGACCUGUAUGGAAACAACCUGAAGGAUGCAGGAGUGAAACAUCUGUUAGAUCUUGUUGCGAGUCCAGACUGCAGCCUGAAGACUCUGAGAUGGAAGUUGUGUUCGUGCUGAGAAGAUGAAGCUGCCCCAACAUUCUCUACAAAAUGUAGAGUUUGGUUCCAGUCAGUGGGACUUCCUGAGAAAAUCUAGUUUAAUGCAGUAAAAUUUUCUGCAUUUCUGGACAAUAACUGAGCAGGUUUGAUCAUGAAACAAGUCCAAUAGUGUCCCAGCUGGAAGAAUUCCAUCAUGUUAUUGGGUAGAUUUACUGUGACUCCAGCAACAGAGACUCCAAUUCUGAGCUGAAAAUCCACAUUUGUUUCUCUCUGAUUGAUAUCUGCCCACUGGGAGUCUCAGUUCCUCAUACAGCCAUGGCCAUAAGUUUGGACACAAGUACCAUGGCGCUUGUGAAUCUUAGAAAAUACCACAAAAUUGUCACUUACAAUACAGUACACAACUCCUGAGAACCAUAUUAAGUUUCAUAUUUAAAAAAACAUCAAAAGAGUUUGGUGUCAUUUUGUUAUUCUUACCAAAUUCGGUUGUGAAAGUACUGCCUUUUUUUGUUAUUUUCUUCUAAUAUUAUGUUUUGGGAACAAAGUUGUUCCAAUUGUUGGAAUUUAUUGAUAAUAUUAUAUCCCUUGUUGAUUUGUUGACUAAUUAAACUGGUGCUGUCAAAAAAUAUUAGUUAUGUUCUGUAAUAGACAUCAAAACAGACAAAGUAAGUCAUGCUGUGUCCAAACUUAUGGCCAUGGCUGUAUGUUUCUGGGAAUUUGACAUAAUGAUCUUUUAGUUUUGUGCUUCUACAAGCAUCACAUCACUGUUGGUAAUAAUUCAGUGUGACCUCACAAAUAUCAAGUAAAUAAAUAAUAAGAGCCUUUAGGCCUUUAAAGUCUGUUUGUACUUCUUAUAGAGUUUAUCGCUGUCAGGACUUUACUGUGGUUUUUUUCAAGUUAACUAUUCGAUUGAUUAACACCAAUGGCCAAAUAUAAGCUGCUCUUUUACAGCUCAUUCGAUUCUUUUGGUCUUUUUGUUUAUUCACAUAUUUAUCAUGAGUCAUUUACUGUGUACUGGUUUAUGUCUGUCAUUCAUUCCAAGCACCUCAUUUAGAGACGCUGCAGUUUUGUCAUGGCAAAAUGUGAAAUAUAAUAGCGCUCUCUGGUGGUCAUAAUUUGCAACUACAGAUUUCUAUUUUAUUUUUCAAUAAAUCUGAUAAAUCUGAAAUAU